CCGCGGUGAAUGUCAACACGAGACAUGUGCGUGAACACGGAAGUAAACUUAUUAUAGUUAACAAAUCAAAUAAAGAAGACAGUUUGGUUCUUUACGUGUUAGUUUUAUAGAAAUCGUUUUAUAGAAGUUUUAAACGCUACAGACGCCGUCACGUGCACCAAGAAUGAGCAGCAGUUGCAGGGGCUUGUCUGAACAUGGCUGGCCAGUCUAGAGAUGUGACCCCACCGCGGUGAUGGAAAGAUGGAGACAGAGGUGCCAGAUUCAUCGCUCCUUCAUUCUUCUCACUAUAUGUUGUUUGUAGGAGGGGCUGAAGAAAAGAAAAAAGGGAAUAGAUGGAGAGAGAAGAUGAUGAACAGGCAGAGGAGAAAGUGUGGCCGGCCACAAAUCUUGGAGAAAGAGAAGAAGGAGGAGAUAUCGAUGGUUUUCAAGCUGAAAGAGGAGCCAUGAUGGAGACGGAAGUGUUAUCAGGAUUCUUUGGGAACUCACAGUUGGAAGAAAGUCAACCUUUAGGAUUCUCUCUUUCCUCGGACCAUACGGAUAACUGGGCUCCCUCCAUCUUUUCAUCCUCUUCUUCCUCUCUGCCCUGUCUCUCUCCUCCUCUUCCUCCGUCUGUGGAGCUGGAUGGGGUGCUGGCAGAGGGCCGGCUGGUUCUGGACGUGUAUCGGGGCGGUGGAGGGGUUCUCCCUAUGUUCUGGGAGAGUGCUCAGGAGCGGAUCAGAGGCCUGCAGUACCUCAGACUGGGAUCAGAGGAUGAGGGGGCGCUAGAGAGGGCACUGAGUGUCCUGCCCCGACUCACACAACUGCGCUUUCUGACUAUCAGAGGACAUCGUUUCUAUGACCCUCAGGGUGACCCUCUCCCCGGCCUCCUCUCCUCUCUCCCUGACUCUGUCUGCUCUCUGUCUCUCCUCGUUCACCUGGAUCUCUCCUUCAAUCGCCUCUCCUCUCUUCCUCCCUGUCUCCUGUCUCUCUCUCAUCUCUCGGAGCUGCUCCUGUGUCAUAAUCGUCUGCUGGGUCUUCCGGAGGGUCUGGGAGCGCUGGUGUCCCUGCGGCGGGUCAGUCUGCUGGGGAACAGGCUGGUGGAUCUGCCCCGGGGUCUGGGCCUCCUCUGCAGGCUGGAAGAGCUGGACUUGUCCUUCAACCAGCUGGAGAGACUUCCAGAUGAACUCGGCCAACUACAGGACUUACAAAAACUGGAGCUAUCAAACAACAGGCUCAGAGCGCUGCCUGAGACUCUGGGGUCUCUCCGCUCUCUGAGGCAGCUAGUAAUCCAGAGUAAUGAUCUGAGGACUGUUCCUGAAUGUUUGCAUUCCCUCCCACUGCUCGACAAACUCGACACGAGGAACAACCCGCUGGGACGACCGCCAACACCCCCACCGAUCGCCCACAUCACCCCAGUUCUGGAAGAAUCAGAGAUCCCAGAGUUGCACCUCGGAUUUGGUCAAAACAGUUUUCAAGUAUCAUCUGCUGGUUGUCACGUGUUCCUUCCUGGAGGGGCGGAGCUCUUGUUUCCACGGAGAUGUGUAAAUGCAGUCACACAGCUCCAGUGGGCAGAGAGGAGACCAGACAGAAAGUGGGUGUGGCUAGAGGAGCAUGACGUCCUUUUGAGUCGACAGCUGGAGCUCCGCCCACACGGAGCCACAUUUGAGGAGCCAGUAGAGGUGUGUAUUCCAUAUCACAAAACUCGGAAAGGUCAUGUUGCGGUUCGCAGGUUUGAUGGUCAGUCUUGGUCGACACUACCAACCCUGACCAGAAGGGGAAGUGAGAAACACAGCUGUAGGCCUCGAGGACGCCCAGCACGGUUGGCCUGCUGUAGUGUGUCUCAGUUCUCGUGGUUUGUGGCCGUCUCUCAUCCUUUCCUGGACAGUUGCUCUGUGUCUCCAGAGGGGGCGCUGCUUGUGUCUCAAUUCGACCCGGGGAUCAAAAUUAUUUUCCCUCCAGAGUGCACAGCAGAGACACGUACAGUCACAAUGCAGGUCCUGCAGGUGGUGCUGUCUGAGGUACAGGACCUGACUGGAGACACUCAUGCGAGUGCCAGUCCACUGCUGUGCCUCUCUCAAACUCCCAGCCUACAUUUCCUUCAGCCAAUCACAGUGCAGAUUCCUCUUCCUCCUGGAGUGACUGGACACAUGGUGGACAUGUCCCGUUUGCACCUGAUGCAUGGCGACCCCACGACCCACACCUGGACUGACAUCACCGCUCAGGUGUCGCUUUACGUCACGCACAUUUACGCCAUCUUCUCCAUCACACACUUCUCAUGGUACUGGUUGUGGUACACCACUCACAGGUGUGUUAGUGGUAUCGUCAGGAAGAUGUAUCAUCGUUUGAAACAGUUUCGGAUUCGAUUCCUGGCGCUACAGAAAAAAAACGACCCAGAGCAGGUUCUGCUGCAGUGCCUGCCAUCAGACAAGGCUGAGAGCAGGUUGGCGUCUCUGUCGGAGCAGUAUGAAGGUCCUCAGCCAUCUGAGUUGUGCGUCCUGUUGGAGGGAGAGCAGUUUUUUGCUGGUUUCGAGAGAGGCAUUGAUAUCAGCGCAGACCGUCCGGACUGUAAAGAUGGCAGACUCUCAUUCACCUUUUACUCUCACCUGAAGAACAUUAAAGAGGUGCAUGUGUGCCCGACCCACCCACAGCAGGGCACCGUGAGAGGACAGGUGUCAUUUUACCGCGGUGAAGUGCCUAGUGAUCUUCCAGAAGAAGUGGCGAGGAAAAGAAAAGGUCAUGAUGACCAGUGGAUGGCGACGCUUCCUCUCCGGAUUCCUAAUGCAGACUGUGAUGGGAGCAUCUCCGGCGAGCUGAACCUGGGCGACCCAGAGAGCGGCUACCUGACAGAGACCAACCUGCUGUCCAUCUCCUUACGCAUCAACCAAGAGUGGCAGAACAUCGGCAUCAACCUGGGCAUCAGCUACGACCAGCUGGAACGCAUCCGAAACCAGCACAGGGAUAACUUUGGGACCCAGGUGAUGGCGAUGCUCUUUCAUUGGGCGAGAGGGCAGCAGGGGGCGGGGCCAGGGGCGGUGGAACGGCUGAUGAAAGCGCUGGAGGACAGUGGAAGGCGGGACUUGGCAGAGGAAGUAAAGGACACAGUGACUCUAGGGAAGAGAAAGUAUGAAGAAUCGCUGAAGAGAGUCGGACUGGAGACACCAGCGAGCUCUGCAGACCCUUAGUCCAGCUGACACACACUCACACACACCAUUAAGAUGACAACAUCAUGAUAUAUAAACUCCUACCAGCAGCACUGCAGACCAAACCAGUGACACACAUGGGCAUACAGCACAGAGUCUCAUCU